CAAAGGGCAGUUGACAAACACCCAUAAAAACACACACAUACACGUAGACUAGUAUUGAAAGCAAUUAACCAAAUACAACGAUGUUGGGGUCUCUCCAUUUUUGAUGUUUGAUAUAUUCAAGAAAUACAUGUAUAUAUGUAUCCAAAACCACCCCCAUAUGCCAGGGAUCCUUCUUAAACUUUGUUUCAAUUUGUCUCCUUUUCAUACUUCCAAAUCAUUUUCCUUUCUUGAGAUUCUCAUUUUUACUUUCUUCACAGUAGUAACUUAAAAAAACAAAUCCUUUGUUUUGCUUAUUCUCAUCACCACCUUCAAAACACAGUGAAGAAUUCAAUCUUUAGUUUAUCUCAACAAACUCAACUAAUUAUAGUGGAAGAUCAUAGUCAUAUUCUACUUGUUGUUUGUGCGAUUUACAAAUGGAGGGAAUGGAAAAUAUAUCUCAGUACCGAGAUAGACUCGACCAAACGGUCAUGUCUAGUGAUCUUUCUAAUGUGGAAAACCUUAAGAUCCUAGUUGAAAGUCAAAUGUCAGAAUCAAUUCAAAGUGAAGAUCAAGAUUGUAGAGAUAAAUUAGUCCAGAAAAGAACCAAGGAAGUGGCCAAUUUUCUUAGCAUGCUUAGAAGUGCUUCGGGGAAGGCGGUUAAAGAGUCAAAAGUGAACGAAACACCAAGUGGUGGUUGGAAAAUAAAACAUGAUAAUCAAGAAUGUCGUGUUAUGUAUAGGGAGGGACCUGCAGGCACUCCCUUCCAUACAUUACUUGUGGAAGGAUAUGUUGACGGGCCUCUAGAUGUUUGCAUGUGCAUAUCAUGGGAGGCAGGACUUUACCAAAAAUGGUGGCCUCAAUUCAAUAUCCCGACUUUUAAGGUUCUCUUUUCGGAAUGUGUGAAGAACAUCGGAAUGGGUGAACAAAUAUCUUUAGUGAGGAUGAAGCUCUCAUGGCCAGUAUCGGCAAGAGAGGCGUUAGUCCAUUACGUUACACUUAAUUACUACCAAGAUGAUCUCGUUAUAGUGCUUUUAAACACGGUAAUAGCUUAUGCAUAUGAAAGAUAUAAACUACUGCUUAAUAAUGAAUACUGGGACAACCUUUAUUGUCCUUGUGGACAUAAACCAAUACAACCCGUCCUUGUUUUCUCUUUUUUUUUGCAGAUUUCUGAGACAGAGGAUAUUAGUAAAAGCACUCAUGGAUUCACUAGAGAUGGUAUACCGGACGUAGGAAAUGUGAUAAGGAUGGAUGUUGUGGGAGGCCUUGCUUUACAGAAAGUGAGUGCCAAUAGAAGCUACUUCCGGGCGAUUGCAAACAUGGAUGUAAAACUUGAUUUUGUUCCUCCAGCGAUCAUCAAUUUUGUUUCCAGGCAACUUAUAGGUAGCGGCUUCAAGCUCUUUAAAAAGUACAUAUUACAACAGGAAGUGGCCUCUGUUACAAAAGGUGAUGAAGAUUUCAGUGAGGCCUUAAAAAAGCCAUUCUAUGGACGAAUUCGUGAGGCACUCUACUCAGAAAACAACGUACCUAACGGGGUUUCGAAACAAAAAGAUGUCGAUAUUUAUUAUGAGGCUGUGGAACAAAAUGAUAUCAAGAUUGUUGAUGAAGUUUUGGAACAAGAAACGGACAAUAUCGGUCAACCUGAAGAGCAUUGUACCUCAAAGAUAGAAGUGAAUGAUCAGACAUCAAUUUGUGAAAUUGAGGAAGUUGAAGAAACUGAGAGGUCACAUGAGAAUAGUUAUAGUAACAGAUUAUUAUACGAUGAUAAAAAGCAAGUUGUUGUAAGUCCUGAAGUGAAUCAAGCACUAGGAACGCUUGAAAAGGUCAUUACCAUCUUUAGAGAAUUUGGAUUUAAUCCGCGAUCAUUAUCAUUCUCGCGAUUUGUCAAUAAUGUGUUUGCUGAUCUUGAAGACAAUAAAUCAUAUGGUUCUAAACAUUUUGUAAACGAGUUAACAGCAAGAAAAUCAAAAGGAUCAAGAAACAGUUAUUCAAGUCAUAGCUCCAGGCACAAAGAUUUUGAAGUGGGCUUGGCAUCACCAGAAGACGAUACCUCAGGCUCACGCAAAACUCACAGGAGUUCAUUCUCUUUCGUCAUAAAUGAGGCUAUAAAUUCAACAUCAGCAGAAAACAAUGCCACUAAUGGGAAGCUUGAGAACGGAUUGCCUAAGAAAAAGGUCAAAAAACAAAGAUUUUGCUGCCUCAACUUCACGUCUGGGCGGCUAGUUAGUUAGAUUAUAGUUAAAAUUAUACAGGCUCAACAUACGCAAAUAUACAUAUGAUACAUUACAGGUGCAGAUGGGUCAUUUGGGUCUAGAUAUGUUCUAUAGUUUAAAAAAUGUGCGAGGAUGGAAAUUAAUUACCGUUUUCAAAGAUGUUUCUGACAUUUUUAUACUCGUAAUAACAUUCAAAAGAUGUGAAUAUAUGAAAGAUUAUAAAA